AUGACUUCAUCAGCUGGAGGCUCUGAAUUAUUUUCUAGUUAUGAGCAGGACUUUACUAUACUUACAGAAUCUAUAAAAUCAAAAAUUGAACAGCACAUUCCUAAUCAAAAAGGAGAGGAAAGAAAGGCUACUAUUCGUGCUGUUGAAAGAGAAAUUGACGAAGCUAAUGAGAUUCUUGGUCAAAUGGAAAUGGAGAUCUUAAAUAUUCCAACACCUUCACGAACACGUUUACAAGCCAAAUUAAGACUUUAUAAAUCAGAAGCAGAAAAGCUUAAAAGAGAUUUGAAUUCAGAUAGAGAACAACUGUUAGGUGGUUUUAACAGUGAUAAUAAUGAUGAAGGAUUAACAGAUUAUGAUGCCUCUACUAUGGAUCAACGACAAAGAUUAUUAAGCGGUACUGAGCGACUUGGACAAUCAAGCCGACGUUUAGAAGAUAGUCAUCGAUUAGCUUUAGAGACAGAAGGUAUUGGUAUUAAUAUUUUAAGUACUCUUAAAGGUCAACGUGAAACAAUGGUUCGAGCAAGAGAUACACUUGCAGAAGCAGAUUCUCACAUUGAUAAAGCAUCUAAAACGCUCAAGGGAAUGGCACGUCGAAUGGCGACAAACAAAUUAAUUACUGCAGCUAUUAUUUUGAUUUUAAUUGUUCUUAUUGUAUUAAUUAUUUGGAGCAAAUUGUUUUAA